CAACCAACGUAACUUGAUUAACGAACACACCAAUAAUUAACCAACGUUAUUGUAGGAAUAACGGUAAUUAACCAUCAUGACUUGCAAUGCACACCCUUUUCAGCUUUUAGAGAUAAAUGUUGUAUCUGCUCAGGAUUUGGCUCCUGUGUCCAAAUCCAUGCGUACCUAUGCAGUCGUUUGGGUUCAUCCUGAAAGAAAAUUGACCACCAGGAUCGAUCAGAAUGGCCACACGAACCCACAAUGGAAUGAGAAGUUUGUGUUUCGGGUAGAUGAUACGUUCUUGAAUGCUGAAACCUCGUCUAUUAUGAUUGAAAUCUAUGCUGCAGCUUGGCUUCGUGACGUGCAGAUUGGUUCUGUUAGAGUUCUGAUUAGCAACUUGUUUCCUUCGAAUAAUAAUAACUCGAAAAUGAGGUUCGUUGCGCUUCAGAUUCGCCGCCCAUCAGGGAGGCCUCAGGGAAUCCUGAAUAUGGGUGUGCAGCUCCUAGACAAUACCAUGCGAAGUAUGCCUUUGUAUACUGAGCUCAGCGCUUCUGCUGUUGGGUUCAAUGACCUUAUCGAUGCCAAGACCAAUAAACAGAGCAUCGAGGAGAAGACGUCGAAUUUGCGCAGAACCAAGAGUGACCAUACUGAUUUCACUACCACAGCGGAUGAAUUUGGCGUGAAAGGAAGUCUCAACGCCAAGUCAUCGGUGGUAAAUGGUGGUUCAAUGGUGAAUUCUUCCACAAUAAAAUCCACCAGUAAAGAAAAAGAUACUGGGAUCGGCGGAAAUGGCAACGGAAGCAUGGUGAACGGAUCACUUUGCUCCGACGUGGGGCCUUCUGCUUCUGUAGUAGCAGCAGCAAUAGCAAAAGGACUAAUUAAAACGCCAGGAAAUGCAGGUAGUCAAAACAAAACCGGAGGAAGCAGCUCCAUUAUUGAGGAUUGGACAGAUAACGAUAGUGUGGAAGGCCUAAGAACAAAGCUGGAAAGAUGGAGAACGGAACUUCCAGCCAUUUACGAUAACGAUGCUAAUAAAAUGAUGUUAAAAAGCAGAAAGAAGCAUCACCGGAGGAGAAGAUCGGAUAAUCCGGGGUUGUUUACAUGUUUUGGUAAUGUUUUCGGAUGUGAGAUUUCGAUUACUUGUGGAGGAGGCAGCAACAAGAAGAAGUACGGAAAUAAAAAGGUUUGUCACUUAAGUUCUGUGGACAGUGAAUCAUAUUUGUGA